GGAGACGAGGGAUUUCACAACCCAGCCCAGACAGGAUUAAAGAGAAAUACACAAGUAAACAAAUCGCAGCCUCGUAAGGCUGGACGUGCUGUGCGGGGAGCAGAGCCUCCGGGCCAGCGGUCAAACUGCCCCUGUCAGAGGAAAGGAGUUGCUUCCUGUUAUUUCCAUUGAAAUCCUUGUCCCGGUCGUUAGCCGGCAGGCUUUGGCAGGAUGGCACCGCUCGCACACACAAGCUCCGGCCACCUCUCCCAAGGGCUCCUGCUGCUCUGGGUGCUCCUGGGGACUGGGCUCUGCCACACGGACGCCGAGACAAAGGGCUUUGGCCAGGAUGCCGGGACAAGCUCACCCAUGGCCAUGUCCAACGGGACAGCCCAGCCCAUGGAGGGAAAUUACUCUGACAUCACACAGAAGUGCUGGGAUUACUUCGUCUACCUGAUGAGGAAUGUGACAGCAUCAGAGUUGUGCGAGUGGAAAGUCAUCAGGAGACCCUACAGCGACCUGCAGUUGUGCCUGGAGCUCUGGGCCGACCGCCUGAACUACAGCUACCCCAACGCACUGGCGGAGCAGUACAUCUUUCAGAGCCACCACCGCUACUUCCACAACUGCACCCUGGAGCACCCGGUGUACUUCGACCCACCCGAGGACGUGUUGCUGGCCAUGAUCAUCGCCCCCAUCUGCCUCAUCCCCUUCCUCGUCACCCUGGUCAUCUGGCGCAGCAAGGAUGGCAAGGCACAGGCCUAGCGCUGCCACCCCGUCCCGCGGCAGGGCACGGACCCCCGACCACCCGAGCCGUCCCGUGGGCUCCUGGGGCCACCGCCCCGCGCUGCUGGGGCGGCUGGUUCCUGCCUUCCCCCGCGCCGCGGCCCGGGAUUAAACGCUUCUCCCCCCA